AUGAAAGGAACAAAUGAAAAUCGAAGAAAAGAAGUGAUUUAUAUAGAGGAACUGAAGAUAGGGAGUCAAUCUAAGACGCUACACUCUCUUCUUCCCCCUUCUUCUCUAAUACUUCUUACAUCUCGCAUCUUGUACAUUCUUCUGACCGCUUUCUCGAAUGGUUGCAAUCAGAUACGUGAUAUGAAAUUAAGAGAACUAUUAGUCUAUACCAAAAACUGUAUUUCUCGUAUUUUAAAGACACAUCCUACAACUAAACUAUCUUUAACAACAACAGCAACAACAACAACCUCACUAAAAACAACUCCUAAGAUUAUUUUGCAAGACACAAUGAAACCCACUUCUGUUAGAUUAGCUACUCAUUAUAAACCAAGUAUCAAAUUUGUUGGUACAAGACAUCCAGUGAUACAUAAAUCAACAAUCGAGGGCAAACUAAAACCUCACCCGUGUAGUCCUAGUGGUGUUUUACCCGGAACUACAGACUGUGUUCCAAUUCAAGAAUUUUUAAAGAAGCAAUUGCCAUUUGUCGUUAAGCCAUAUAUGGCUGCUGUGCAACAGAUCAAAGGUCCGUAUUCCUUUGUUUCGAGACCUCUGGAGCCAAAUGAAGUAGAUUCUGUUUUCAAAUUGCCUCCUGAGUAUCAAUUUAAACCUAUUGAAAUGGAUGAGUGUGAGGUUAUCAACGGUGGUGGUGCAUUGUAA